CAGUUACAAAGGUUAUGAUUAGUGAUGGCGGCCGUUGUGUAAACGUCAGUGAAUCGAUAACUACUUUGAAAAUGGUUUUGCUUCUCAGGUGUUGUUAAAAACCCAAAAAAGACUGUCAAUGACAGAAGAAGAAGAAAUGAAGGCGAAAUCGUCGAAACGUAUGGCUGGGAUAAUCAUGAUGUCUCGUAAAUCGAUCGCCAAGGAUGGAGUUGUCACUACUUCAGGCAUCGGCAUGCCCAGCCUAUACCACGCUCUAGUCGUCAUCUUCCUGGAGUUCUUCGCUUGGGGGCUCCUGACCAUGCCCGUCAUAUCAGUAUUAAAUACAACAUUCCCCGACCACACUUUCCUGAUGAACGGUCUCAUCAUGGGCAUCAAGGGCCUGCUGAGUUUCCUCAGUGCGCCUUUGGUGGGAGCCCUAUCGGACGUUUGCGGCAGGAAACUGUUCCUCUUGAUUACGGUGUUCUUCACAUGUCUGCCAAUUCCACUUAUGACUAUCAACACGUUCUGGUUUUUCGCGAUGGUGAGCAUCUCCGGCGUCUUCGCCGUCACGUUUAGCGUCGUCUUUGCGUACGUGGCCGAUGUGACGGACCAGAAGGAUCGGUCGUUGGCUUACGGAUUGGUUAGUGCUACGUUUGCUGCUAGUAUGGUUAUUUCGCCGGCCAUGGGGGCUUACUUGAUGGAAAGGUGGUCCGUUUCACUCGUCGUCGCCCUUGCCACUGCCGUCGCCAUCCUCGACGUGUUCUUUAUCCUCGUCGCCGUCCCCGAGAGCCUCCCUGAGAAGGUCCGCGUCAGCCCUAUUAGCUGGGAGCAGGCCGAUCCCUUCUCUUCCCUCCGAAAUGUCGGCCAGGACCCCACUAUCCUCCUCCUGUGUAUCACCGUGUUCCUGUCGUACCUACCAGAAGCCGGCCAGUACAGCUGCAUCUUCGUCUACCUGAAACUCGUGAUGGGCUGGAGCGCACCGAUGGUCGCCGUCUUCGUGGGCCUCGUCGGGCUGCUCGCCGUCCUCGCGCAGCUCUGCCUCGGCGCGCUGAUGAAGAACCUCGGGUGCAAGCACACGAUCAUGCUCGGUCUGCUCUUCGAGAUGUUGCAGCUGCUGUGGUACGGCUUCGGCACGACGACGUGGAUGAUGUGGGCGGCGGGCAUGUUGGCGUCGAUGAGCUCGAUUACGUAUCCGGCGAUCUCGGCGUUCGUCUCGAUCGUCAGCACCCCGGACAGGCAGGGCGUGGUGCAGGGAAUGGUGACGGGGAUGCGGGGGCUCUGCAACGGACUAGGGCCGGCCAUGUUUGGCUUGAUAUUUUACGUUUUCCACGUGGAUCUGAACGAAGGCGAGGGACAGGAGGGCACGCACUCGACGCCGGUGCACGAUGAAAGCUAUGCGCAGUUGGUGCCGGGACCACCGUUCGUUUUUGGAGCUUUUCUAGUCAUUUGCGCGCUGUUGGUGGCCUCGUUUAUACCGACGAAGUCUAGCACGGAGUCGAGUAUUCCCUUGGACACGCACUACGAGAUGGAAAGAGGCCACAAGGUGGCCGGUACCCUGAGCCCCUUGAUUCCGAGCCGGAACAGCAUCGACAACGCAGCAAUAUUAUAAGAGUAAUAAGUAAGCCGCCACCAAAUGAAGCUACAAUUCCUUACUUACUUUUCUAAAAUCGAUGAUCGAGAUCUAUUUUGUUAGAAAAAUCUCUAUGUAAAUAAGAAUGUGUAAAGAGAGGGGCGUGGUCUGCGGAUUUUAGAAAAGUGACUUGUUGAUUCUUGUUGUUUAGUCGGAGAAUUACGGCCCUGCGUACACAGGGCGUUCUUUUUUUACUACUUAUUAGAGUACGCUUUACUAUUUAUUUUUUAUUUUUAUUGUUUACGGCCGAAUAUUGCCAAGUCUAAGUGUUUUUCGCACCAUCUCUUAUCUUUUCCACACGAGUUACUUUUUAAUGUACAAAUGAGAGAAUCGUAGGUGUUGAGAAUUCUUUUUGUUCGAAUUGAGCAGCUGUUAAACCGUAUAGCGCACUAGUUUUCUCCAGGAACAACUAUGAGAUGAUCUUCGCUAAAUUCACACCGGAAAAAGUAUUGGUUCAUUGUGAUAUUUUUAUUGUACUUAUGACGGCUUUCGUUUCGUAGAACAUCUCAUAAUGCGGGUUUAGAUCAAAGCUGUUAGAUACAAUUAUAACGUAAAUGUGACUAUUUAAGAGCGGACGCAACGUGCUUGCGACAUGGUUGACAAAGACGUUUCAAAAGAAGUAUUUUAGUUAUUAGGGAUAAAUCUAAAGUGUAAAAAUAUAUAUAUAUAAAAAAAUAAAUAAUUGUUUCUGUA